AUGUCUCGAGCAACCCCCGAUGAUCAAUUGAAGUUCCUGCUGAGCUGUGUGCGACACUCCAACAACGGCAAGGUUGAUUUCGUACAAGUCGCGAAGGAAUGCAGUAUCGUCAGUAAGGGAGCAGCAGCCAAGCGAUAUGAACGUCUUAUGAAGACCAACAAUAUUUCCGCCAAUGGUUCCUCCACUGAAACUGCACGAAAGCCAACAACUGCAGGAAAAUCAACAACAACUUCAGGAGAGCAAAAGCCAAAAACAGUCCAUGAGAAGCCUGCUGCAGCCAAAAAGCGGAAAGCUGAGCAGGGCCAUCCUCUGCCUUCAACCAAGUCGGAUGUCAAGCACUCCAGCCAGGCCCAGCCAACGACCAAUAAGAUGAAAAAGGUUGAGCAAGCAGUCGACUCACCAUCUUUCAUGGUCAACCUGCCUCCAUACGGUGCCAGAGGCGAAGGGAUGCCGGUUGGUACGAGAGGAGUCCUUAUCUCACGACAAUCGGCGCCUCAAGUUUAUCACAACCAAGUUCCCAGAGGCCAUUUCCAAGAUUUCCAAGGAGUCAGAAGUAUGCCAGCUAAUCAUUUUCCCUAUGGAAUGCACAUGGCAAUGGCACCUGUGCAACCAAAUCAAAUGGACCACAGUCUUGGGCAGUUUGAUGCACAGAAUCAUGGCUUGGAGGAGUAUCUCAAUAGAGAUGUGUACUACAAGACGGCAGCAACUCCAGCAGUUCAGUCCCAACCUUCUCUUCUCAACAGCAUGGCCCCGAAGACUUUCCCACCCCCACCACAGGAAGUACAAUUCUUGCCACAGUCUGGCGAAGCUUCGGCAACCCAAGAAGCAAAAGGCAAAAAGCCUGAUGGUAGCAUUAUCAUCGAGGACUGA